ACGAGAAAAUGGUACGGACUGAUUUCGUCAGAGGACUGUCAGAUUCUCGUCUGCGGAAAAAGAUCCGCAAGAAAUGCAACCCUAUGGAACAUACCCUGACGGAGGUAAUUCAGUACGCAAUUAAGUAUGGGAAAGAAAACUACGAUGUGGGCCUGGACUCAGAAUCUGACGAAGAUGACCCUUCGGGUGUUCGACACAAUAGCUACUCCGCCACGACACGAAUGUUCGAAGAUCGCUUCGGGUUGGGUCCGGCAAAAAAAGGCGUGGAUCGGAAAGCUUCUUCCUCUGCUUCGGCCUCCCGUCGCCCUAGUCGGGCACAAGGGGGCCGCGGUGAGAAAGAAGUCUCCAUGAAGGAGGUCGCGGCACAAUUAGUUACGGUAGUGGCCCCGUUGACGGAGUUUGUUCAAGGCCUGCAGCGGCAACGCUUAGCCGCCGCACAACGGCAACAAGCGGCUAUGGUCGUCGGGGCCCCUAUGAUGGGACCGACCGUGGCCGGGGCUGUCCAGUCCCUACGCUGUUAUAACUGCAAUCAGCCAGGUCACCUUGCGAAAGAUUGCCCGAAACCUCGAGCUCAGGGUGGGCCCGCUGGGCCUUCCCAAAUCCCGUUGGCUGCUCCAACCGUUGCAGGACAGGGGAGGGUGGCCACGGUGAUGGAUACCGGGGCAACGGAAAUGGUGACCCCUGCGGCCACCGAGAUAGGGCCCGAUGAAUACAUGGCUGCGGCGAUGUUCGAACCCAGGACCAUCGGAGUGAUACUGGCCUUGGAGAAAAACAAGUUCUUCUUGUCGGAGAUCUCAUUCUUGGGGUACAUCGUCACGGUCGAUGGACUAAGACCGGAUCCGAGGAAGGUGGCAGCAGUUCAAGAAGCCCCGGCGCCGAUCACACUCACCCAGGUUCGGGCUUUUCUAGGGCUGGCAUCCUAUUACCGACGCUUCAUCAAGGGGUUCGCCGGUAUAGCGAAGCCCCUCACGAACCUGCUGAAGAAAGAGGAACAGCUGAUCUGGACGCCGGAAUGCGAAGCGGCGUUUCAGGCGUUGAAGGAGGCUCUGACAUCUGCUCUUUUAUUGGCGCGCUCUGACCCGACAAGACCUUUCGCACUGUACACAGACUGGCAGCCUCAGGCGAUAUCGGUGGUGCUGACUCAGCACGGGGCGGACGGAAGGGAACACGUCAUUGAGUAUGCGUCCAAGACGCUGAGCCAGACGCAAGCUAAUUACGAAGCGUGCAAAGGUGAAUGCCUGGCGGUGGUGUGGGGGAUCCAACAUUUCCGACUGUAUCUUUACGACCAGAAAUUUGUGCUGGAGCAUGAACUGCUCGAGCACUUCCAGUCGCCCAUCUCUGACGCUCUUCUCCGGAACUGGUUCAACGACGAUCGGCAGCUGCGCUUCGACAUUCAGCAGGUGAACGUGCCGGCACCCAGCGUUGCUGACUUGGCGGUGUACUCGCUCCUCGCGCAGUGGGUGACGUACGCGGGUGUCUAUGUCGACAUAUCGCCCGUGCCUGGCCAGGAAUCCACGCGAGUGUUCAUCGAGUUACGAGCCAUCCAGGUGGCGACGAACUUUGUGCACAGCGUCGCUACUCUCACCGGGGAUUUGACCGUCUUGUCCGGGCACGAUCGGGAGCCGGCGUCCAGAUUCUUGCGCGAUUACGCCCUUCAGGUGGCGAGAUCGGUGGCGCGAGUGCAGGCGAGGGGCACUCAUCGCUUUACUGCAUACGAAGGACUUCUGCGGCGGACUCCGGAGGGAGCCCUUGCAUUGCUCCCCUAUCCUAUGCGCAACUUUCCCGAGUACCUAGUGGAGCUGACGGACGUGGAGCAGUUGCCGCCCGCCGACGAGGACGCGUGGGAGCUGCAUCGGGCGCUGUAUUCAUCAGUGGUACUCGGCAUGUUCACAUUCUUCGUGGAGCACGAAGUUCAUAAUGUCGGCAAGUUUCUCCACGUAUACUACGUGAUCGCCAAGCCAAAGUCGGAGCAGGAGGGAACAGUGGCGCUUUAUCCUUUCGGGAGGAUCGGAACGAAUCGCCCGGGGCUCUUACAGCUCAUUCACAUCGAGCUGCUGUCCAUUGCGCCAGUAAUCGCCGCGGAGGAAGAAGACUUGCAGCUCAGACUACGGACCGCCUCAGCUCCGUGCAGAUCGUAUAACGCGGCGGUGAUACCUGACUACCUGGCGCGUGAGGGGGAAUCCGUGGUGGACUUCGGGCAUGAAGAUAAUUCAUUGCGGCCUCCAUCAUCGUAUCCAAAGCCGGCGGCCCUGAAGGCACCAAGAAAGAGAACCGUCUCGAAGCGGCGACGAACUCCAUCGCCGGAAGCUCAAGCCAGUCGAGUGGGGCCGGUCGACGAGGUCGUCCAGCCUACGCCGGUGCGCGAAGUCGAUCCGGUUCGCGAGAGAAGAGUCACACUCGCCAUCGGGCCCCGACCGGGGGAGGACCGCCCCGUCGAAGAACCGCGGAGAUCCACAGGCCAUCCGGAGUCGACACCUCAGCGGCCCCGCCUCCCCAAUCUCAAUAGCCAUGCAGCCGGGCCAUCAGGCGCAGGGGGGGGAUUGGGACGAGUUCCAUAUCCCGCAUCCAGACCCCCCCUCCUUGCAGGACCGUUCCGAUUUCGCCAGCCCGCCCGGGAUACCCCGGUCAUUGACAUAAGCACUUCCCCCGAGCCGGACGGUCCAUCAAACUGACGUGGAUCACAUGGUGGAACUGGCCACCCUCCGGC